AUGUGGGAGAAGACUGGAAGGACUGAGAGAUCCGUGUUUAGAGGGCAGGGCCACAAUGAAACCCACAGGAAACUCGUCUCGUCUGCAAAACAGAACAAAUCCCCUUCAGCACAAGUCACUUCUUGCUCGAGCCGCUCCACUCUCAGCUCUCCACUCCCACAUCUGUCUCUGAACCAUAAGCAUGCUCCCCUUCCAGGCGGUCCCAGGCCAGUUUGGGCCUGA